AUGAAGCAACGUUUUAACGCUUUGGAUGUCCGUGCUACUGUCAUCAAUCUUCGAGAAAGACUUAUUGGCAUUCGUUUGCAAAACAUUUAUGAUGUAAACAACAAGACCUUCCUCUUCAAGUUUGCCAAGCCUGAUGACAAGGAGCUUGUUUUGGUCGAAUCUGGUAUCCGUAUCCAUACCACUCAGUUCAGUAGAGAUAAAUCAGUUACACCUACUCCAUUCUGUGCGAAGCUUCGUAAACAUCUUCGUACGAGACGUGUCACUAAUGUUCGUCAAUUGGGCGUUGAUCGUAUUGUUGAUUUCGAGUUUGCUGGUGGCGAAAUGGGCAUUGGAUAUCACAUCAUUUGUGAAUUUUACUCCUCAGGCAAUAUCAUCUUCACAGAUCAUGAAUACCGUAUUCUGGCCUUGUUGCGUAAUGUUCCACCCACCGAUACCUUGAACAUUGCUGUUGGAGAGAUUUACAAUGUUCAGACAGUAUUGACCGAUUUUGAAAAGGUGCAAGUGGAUCAAUUGAGAACUGCCUUGAGAUCUGCUGGACCUAAGGAUACGCUGAAGAAGUUACUAAAUAUUAAAUUCGAGUAUGGUCCUGCUAUGAUUGAGCAUAUGGUUUUGGAGGCAGAUUUGGACCCCAAUAUGAAGGUUGCUACCGAUUUUGAUACCUCUGAGAACUCACCCAUGAUGCAAGCGUUGUUGGAGGGCUUCAGUAAGGGCGAUGAAUUGAUUGAAUCCACCAAGAAUGUUGUGCCCAACGGCUACAUUGUUUUGUUGGAUGAGAAGAAUAAGCCCAAAACUGAGAGCGAGGAGCAGGUGGAAAUUUAUGACGAAUUCCAUCCCUUUUUGUACAAGCAAUUUGCCAACCGUCAAUUCAAGGAAUACCCUACGUUUGAUAAAGCGGUCGAUGAGUUCUUUUCCGCCAUCGAAUCUCAAAAGCUUGAAUUAAAGUCAAGACGUCAAGAAGAGGCUGCAUUGAAGAAGCUUGAGGCAGUUCGUAAGGAGCAGGAGAGCAGAGUUCAGAGUCUCUUGAACCAGCAAAUUACCAAUGUUCGCAAGGCUCAAUUGAUUGAAUUGAAUCUUCAAAUGGUGGAUGCUGCUAUUACGAUUAUUCGCAAUGCUGUUGCUAGUCAAAUGGAUUGGCAAGAUUUAAAUGACUUGGUCAAGGAGGAAAAAAGACGAGAAAACCCCAUUGCUAUGAUCAUUGAUAAUCUCAAACUGGCCACAAAUCAAUUAACUUUGGUUUUGACCGAUCCUGAAGAAUAUGAGGACAGCGACGACAGCGAGGAUGAAGACGCGAACGAACAGAAAUCAUACAAGGUCGAUGUUGACAUUGGAUUGACAGCUUUUGCCAAUGCCAGAAAGUACUACGAACAGAAAAAAACCACUGCCACCAAGCAUGAAAAAACCAUUGAGGCCACCUCCAAGGCUCUCAAGUCUGCGGAACGCAAGAUUCGACAAGAUUUGAAGGAAACUAAGAUUACAGCCACUAUCAAUAAGAUUAGAAAGCCUUUCUGGUUUGAAAAGUUCUUGUGGUUCAUUUCAACUGAUGGACAUCUUGUAAUCGCUGGUCGUGAUAUGCAACAAAAUGAAAUGCUGGUUAAGCGCUACCUCUUGAAAGACGAUGCCUAUGUACAUGCUGAUCUUCACGGUGCUGCUUCGGUGAUUGUCAAGAACAAGCCCAAUGCUAACGGUCAGCCUAUUCCUCCCAGCACCUUGUAUCAAGCUGGCAUUAUGUCUGUCUGCCAGAGUAAGGCUUGGGAUUCCAAGAUUGUCACUAGUGCUUACUGGGUGUACCCUGAUCAAGUAUCAAAGUCUGCUCCAUCAGGUGAGUACCUUACGACGGGUAGUUUUAUGAUUCGUGGCAAGAAGAAUUUUUUGCCUCCCGUGCAAUUGGUAUAUGGCUUUGGUUAUGUCUUUAAACUGGAUGAGUCCUCUAUUGGUAAUCAUGUCAAGAGCCAAGCUCAACAAGAAGACGGUGAAGGAGAGGAUGCAACUGCUGAGGAAACUGAUGCUCCAUCUGGCAAGGCUGAUUUCCUUGACUCCAUUGAGGAAAAGAAGCCGAGAGAAGACCAAACUGAUGAUGCUAAAUCAAUUGAAAAUGAGACAGUGGAGGCAUCUGCUACUACAUCAGGCGCAUCAACACCUGCUGCAAAUGAGCCUAAUGAUGAGAGUGCUUCUGAAUCAGACUCUGAUUCAGACGAAAGUAGCGACGAUGAACAUGCCUUCCCUGAUACACAACUUGAAUCGCUUCCCGUCAACGUCGAAAAGGCACAAGAAAAAGAUGCCAAGGCUGAUAAAUACGAUUUGGAUGACUAUGGCCAUGAUUCUGAUGAGCAAAACGUUGCUGGUAGUCCCUCGACGAAUGGGUCCAAUACGCCUGCAAAGAAGUUCAUCACUGCCAAAGAACGUAGAUUGAUGAAGAAGAAUAAUCUUACCGAAAUCACAGAUGCCAUCAAAGAGCAACAACAAUUGCAGCAGCAACAGGCAAAGCAGAAGCAAGCCAAGCCAAAGCAAGCCCCUGCUAAACCCAAGGCGAUCGCUGCUCCUCCUGCUUCCACUCGAGGAAAGAAGGGUAAAGCCAAGAAGAUGAAGGACAAGUAUGCCGAUCAAGAUGAAGAAGAAAGACAGCUUCGUAUGGAGCUUUUGGCCCCUAAUAAGGGUCCUCAACCCAAGGGUAAAAAGGCAAAGCGCGAUGCUAAGGCCAAGGAAGACAAGGCAGCUUUGGAGAAGGAAAGAGCAGCAAAGAAGGAGGCCGAUGAAAAGGCACGAUUACUAAAGAAGCAACAAGAAGAGGAGCAGCAAGAGAAGGAACAUCCUAUUGAGACAGAAGGCGUUGAUGCCAAAGACACCGAGACCAUCCGCCAAAUGCUCAAAGAAGAAAAUAUCACCAUGCUGGAAGCAGAUGAGAUUGCCAACUUGUCUGUGCUCGACUCAUUUACUCCCAACCCACUGCCUGAAGAUAUCAUCCACUUUGCUAUUCCUGUGUGUGCCCCUUACACAGCCAUUCAAAAGUACAAGUACAAGGUCAAACUCACACCUGGAUCACUGAAGCGUGGCAAAGCUAUCAAACAAGCUCAAUCUGUCUUUUUCAAUCUGAAUGAAGCCACUGCUCGCGAGAAGGAAUUGAUCAAGAGUGUGCCUGAAAUGGAAGGCAUUAAUACAAUGAUGGGUAAAGUCAAGGUGUCAGCUCCAAAUCUGGAAGCUAGUAAACGCAAGAAGGGUGGCAAUAGACGAUAA